GCAGUUUCCUCUCCUUGUUUUGCUUUCGAUCUGGACUGUUCUCAGGCAAGCCGGGGAGUAACUUUUAGUUUUGUUCCUGCGAUUAUUCAACUGACGGGCUUUCAUUUCCAUUUCACACAUCCUAGCAACACUUAAGCCUUGCGGAAUUGUAUUGAUAGCGUGAAAAAGCACACUGAGAGAAGGGCACCAUGCCGGUGGAGAGGAUGCGCAUGCGCCCGUGGCUGGAAGAACAGAUCAACUCAAACACGAUACCAGGGCUAAAGUGGCUUAACAAGGAAAAGAAGAUUUUUCAGAUCCCCUGGAUGCAUGCAGCUAGACACGGGUGGGAUGUGGAAAAAGAUGCACCGCUCUUUAGAAACUGGGCCAUCCAUACAGGAAAGCAUCAACCAGGAGUAGAUAAACCUGAUCCAAAAACAUGGAAGGCGAAUUUUCGAUGUGCCAUGAACUCUUUGCCUGACAUUGAAGAAGUCAAGGAUAAAAGCAUAAAGAAAGGAAACAAUGCCUUCAGAGUCUACCGAAUGUUGCCUUUAUCUGAACGACCUUCUAAGAAAGGAAAGAAACCAAAGACAGAAAAAGAAGACAGAGUGAAGCACAUCAAGCAAGAACCAGUUGAGUCAUCUUUGGGGCUUAGUAAUGGAGUAAGUGAUCUUUCUCCUGAGUAUGCGGCCCUGACUUCAGCUAUAAAAAAUGAAGUGGAUAGUACGGUGAACAUCAUAGUCGUAGGACAGUCUCAUCUGGGCAGCAAUAUUGAGGAUCAAGAGAUUGUCACUAAUCCACCAGACAUCUGCCAAGUUGUGGAAGUGACCACCGAAAGUGAUGAGCAGCCGGUCAGCAUGAGCGAGCUCUACCCCCUGCAGAUCUCCCCCGUGUCUUCCUACGCAGAAAGCGAAACUACCGAUAGUGUGCCCAGUGAUGAAGAGAGCUCGGAGGGCCGACCACACUGGCGGAAGAGGAACAUUGAAGGCAAACAGUACCUCAGCAACAUGGGGACCCGAAGCACGUACCUGCUACCCAGCAUGGCGACCUUCGUCACUUCCAACAAGCCCGACCUCCAGGUCACCAUCAAAGAGGAGAGCUGUCCCGUGCCUUACAACAGCUCCUGGCCCCCGUUCCCAGACCUCCCCCUCGCCCCCUCCGUGACCCCAGCGCCCAGCAGCAGCCGGCCAGACCGGGAGACCCGGGCCAGCGUCAUCAAGAAGACCUCCGACAUCACCCAGGCCCGCGUCAAGAGCUGUUAAGCCUUCGACUUCCCCUGGUGGUUGUUGGGAUUUCUUGGCUUUGUUUUAUUGUUUGUUUGUAUUAUAUUUUUCUUUCUGACACCUAUUUUAGACGAAUCUUAAGGGAAAAAGCCUUGACAAUAGAACUUUGAUUGCUGUGUCCAACUCCAGUACUGGAGCUUCUUUUUAACUCAGGACUCCAGCCCCUUGGUAGACGCAUAUCUCUAGAGCCUGCUGGAUCUCCCAGGGCUGCUCCCUCAAGUUCAAGGACGUCAUAGGACCAACACCCACACGGGCGGUGAGGUGCUGCAUUGCCUGCGGUCAAGGCCAGCAAGGUGGAACGGAUGCCUCUGAAUGGAGGAGAAAAUGUGAACUAGCUGGAAUUUUUUAUUCUUGUGAAUAUGUACAUAGGGCAGUACUAGCGACGUUGCAGUCUGCUUCUGCACCUUAUCUUAAAGCACUUACAGAUAGACCUUCUCGUGAUCCUGCUCUGUUUCAUAGCACAGUCAGCACCUCUCUUCCCUGCUCCCCUCCCCUCCCAGCCCCUCCCUUCCCAUCUCCUCUCCCUUUGCAUCCCCUCCCCUCCCAGCCCCUCCCUUCCCAUCUCCUCUCCCUUUGCAUCCCCUCCGCUCCCAGCCCCUCCCUUCCCAUCUCCUCUCCCUUUGCAUCCCCUCCCCUCCCAGCCCCUCCCUUCCCAUCUCCUCUCCCUUUGCAUCCCCUCCCCUCCCAGCCCCUCCCUUCCCAUCUCCUCUCCCUUUGCAUCCCCUCCCCUCCCAGCCCCUCCCUUCCCAUCUCCUCUCCCUUUGCAUCCCCUCCCCUCCCAGCCCCUCCCUUCCCAUCUCCUCUCCCUUUGCAUCCCCUCCCCUCCCACCCCUCCCCUCGCUUGCCUCCCCUUCAUCCCACCCCCUCCCCUCCCCUGCCCUCCUAUCCCCUUCAUUUUCUUUCCUCCUUUUCCUCCCCUCAAAGGCUGUGUUCCACGUCCCUGAGGAGGAGAAGAAAAUGAACUUCUCCACAGAUGUCCCAUUUUAAAAGACUGCUUUAAAAAACAAAACAAAAAAAAAAAAAAAGGAAAAAAAUCUUUCUAAUCUGCUAUGCUUGAAUGCCACGCGGUACAAAGGAAAACUAUCAUGGAGAGAUUAUGCAAAUUCCCAGAUUUGAAGAGAAAAAUACUCUAAUUCUAACCAGAGCAAGCUUUUUUAUUUUUUAUACCGGGGAAUAUUUUAUUCAAGGUAAAAUUCUAAAGAAAAUAUAAUUGUUUUUUAUCUUUUCUACAGCAAAUUUAUAAUUUUAAGAUUCCUUUUCUUGUUUAUCGGCAGUUGUUAUUACAUCCUUGUGGCACAUUUUUUUUUUUUUAAUUUUGUAAAGGUGAAAAAGCUUUUAUGAGCUCAUGUAGCAAUCAAAUUAUCCUGUGGAUUGAUAAUAAAUGAAUAUGAUAUAUAGUUAAAUUUUUAA